AUGCCCCGCAAAGGCAUGCAGCCCUCCACGGCCCGGCGCCCCGAAGAGGAGCCACCGCCGUCCCCCGACAGCCCUUGCCGGGACGCCGAGUCGGGGCCGCCGCUGUCCGAGCGCACCCAGAGCCCGCCCGCGGCCGCAGAUACUCCAAGUGAGGAGCUUGACAAUAGAAGUUUAGAAGAAAUUCUCAAUAGCAUCCCUCCUCCACCACCUCCAGCAAUGACCAAUGAAGCUGGAGCCCCUCGGCUUAUGAUAACUCAUAUUGUAAACCAGAACUUCAAAUCUUAUGCUGGAGAAAAAAUUCUGGGGCCUUUUCAUAAGCGUUUUUCAUGUAUUAUCGGGCCAAAUGGCAGUGGCAAAUCCAAUGUUAUUGAUUCUAUGCUUUUUGUCUUUGGCUAUCGAGCACAGAAAAUAAGGUCUAAAAAGCUUUCAGUACUGAUCCAUAAUUCUGAUGAACACAAGGAUAUUCAGAGUUGUACUGUAGAAGUUCAUUUUCAAAAGAUAAUUGAUAAGGAAGGAGAUGAUUAUGAAGUCAUUCCCAACAGUAACUUCUAUGUAUCCAGAACAGCUUACAGAGAUAAUACUUCAGUGUACCACAUAAGUGGAAAGAAAAAAACAUUUAAGGAUGUUGGAAAUCUUCUUCGAAGCCAUGGAAUUGACUUGGACCAUAAUAGAUUUUUAAUUUUACAGGGUGAAGUUGAGCAAAUUGCUAUGAUGAAACCUAAAGGCCAAACUGAACAUGAUGAGGGUAUGCUUGAAUAUUUGGAAGAUAUAAUUGGUUGUGGACGACUAAAUGAACCUAUUAAAGUCCUUUGUCGGAGAGUUGAAAUAUUAAAUGAACACAGAGGAGAGAAGUUAAACAGAGUUAAGAUGGUAGAAAAGGAAAAGAAUGCCUUAGAAGGAGAGAAGAAUAUUGCUACUGAAUUUCUUACCUUAGAAAAUGAAAUUUUUAAGAAGAAAAAUCAUGUUUGUCAGUAUUACAUCUAUGAUCUGCAAAAAAGAAUUGCUGAAAUGGAAACUCAGAAGGAAAAAAUUCAUGAAGAUACCAAAGAAAUGAAUGAAAAGAGCAGUAUGCUGGCAAAUGAAAUGAAAGUUAAAACUAAAGCUGUGAAAGAAGCAGAAAAGAAACUGAACAAAAUUACAAAAUUCAUUGAAGAAAACAAAGAGAAAUUUACCCAGCUAGAUUUGGAAGAUGUCCAAGUUCGGGAAAAAUUAAAACAUGCUACAAGUAAAGUCAAAAAGCUGGAGAAGCAACUUCAGAAAGAUAAAGAAAAGGUUGAAGAAUAUAAGAGCAUACCUGCUAAGAGUGAGGUUAUAAUAAGUGAAAAAACGACAAGAAACAAUAUCCUUGAGAAUGAAAAAGAGAAAGAAGAAAAAAAGUUAAAAGACGUUAUGGAUAGCCUGAAACAAGAAACACAAGGACUUCAGAAAGAAAAAGAAAGUCUUGAGAAAGAACUUAUGGGUUUCAGUAAGUUAGUAAAUGAAGCACGGUCAAAGAUGGAUGUAGCCCAAUCAGAAGUUGACAUCUAUCUCAGCCGUCAUAAUACUGCAGUGUCUCAGUUGAGUCAAGCUAAGGAUGCCCUAAUUGCCGCUUCUGAGACUCUCAAAGAACGGAAAGCUGCAAUUAGAGAAAUAGAAGCAAAACUCCCUCAAAUCGAACAAGAAUUAAAAGAGAAAGAAAGAGAACUUCAGAAACUUACACAAGAAGAACUACACUUCAAAAGUUUGGUUCAUGAACUUUUCCAAAAAGUUGAAGAAGCAAAGAGUUCUUUAGCCACAAAUCGAAGUAGGGGGAAAGUCCUUGAUGCAAUAAUUCAAGAAAAAAAAUCUGGCAGGAUUUCAGGAAUAUAUGGACGAUUGGGUGACUUGGGAGCUAUUGAUGAAAAAUAUGAUGUUGCUAUUUCGUCUUGCUGUCAUGCAUUAGACUAUAUUGUUGUUGAUUCUAUUGAUACAGCCCAAGAAUGUGUAAACUUCCUUAAAAGACAAAAUAUUGGUGUUGCAACUUUUAUAGGUUUAGAUAAGAUGGCUGUAUGGGAGAAAAAAAUGACCAAAAUUCAAACUCCUGAAAAUACUCCUCGGUUAUUUGACUUAGUAAAGGUGAAGGAUGAGAAAAUUCGCCAAGCUUUUUACUUUGCUUUACGGGAUACCUUAGUAGCUAACAACUUGGAUCAAGCCACAAGAGUAGCAUAUCAAAAAGAUAGAAGAUGGAGAGUGGUGACUUUACAGGGACAGAUCAUAGAACAGUCAGGUACAAUGACUGGUGGUGGAAGCAAAGUAAUGAAAGGAAGAAUGGGUUCAUCAGUUGUGGUUGAAAUCUCUGAAGGAGAGGUAAAUAAAAUGGAAUUACAAUUACAGAGAGACUCUGAAAAAGCUAUGCAGAUACAAGAACAGAAAGUACAAGUUGAAGAAGCAGUUGUGAGGUUGCGACACAGUGAACGAGAAAUGAGGAAUACACUAGAAAAGUUUACUGGAAGCAUCCAGCGCUUCUCAGAGCAAGAAGAAUAUUUGAAUGUGCAAGUUAAGGAUCUUGAAGCUAAUGUACUCGCCACGGCCCCUGACAAAAAGCAACAGAAAUUGCUAGAAGAAAAUGUUAGUACUUUCAAAACAGAAUAUGACAGCGUGGCUGAGAGAGCUGGUAAAAUAGAAGCCGAAGUUAAAAGGUUGCACAAUACCAUUAUAGAAAUUAAUAACCAUAAGCUCAAGGCCCAGCAAGACAAACUUGAUAAAAUAAAUAAGCAAUUAGAUGAAUGUGCUUCUGCUAUUACUAAAGCCCAAGUGGCAAUCAAGACAGCAGACAGAAACCUUAAAAAGGCACAGGAUUCUGUCUCUCGAACAGAGAAAGAAUUAAAAGAUACCCAGAAGGAAGUAGAUGACUUCACAGCAGAACUGCAGCGUGUUGAGGACAAAGCCGCAGAGGUGGUACAGAACACCAAUGCUGCGGAGGAGACCUUACCAGAGAUUCAGAAAGAACAUCGGUGUCUACUUCAAGAACUAAAAAUAAUUCAAGAUAAUGAGCAUGCUCUUCAGAAAGAUGCACUUAGUAUUAAGUUGAAACUUGAACAAAUAGCUAGUCACAUUGCUGAACAUAAUUCUAAAAUAAAAUAUUUUCAAAAAGAGAUUUCAAAAAUAACAUUGCAUCCUAUAGAAGAUAAUCCUGUUGAAGAAGUUUCAGUUCUAACUCCAGAGGAUCUUGAAGCAAUCAAGAAUCCAGAUUCUAUCACAAAUCAGAUUGCUCUUUUGGAAGCCCAGUGUCAUGAAAUGAAGCCAAACCUUGGUGCCAUUGCAGAAUAUAAAAAGAAGGAAGAAUUAUAUUUGCAACGGGUAGCAGAAUUUGACAAAAUUACAGCGGAAAGAGAUUAUUUUAGACAGGCAUAUGAAGAUCUACGGAAGCAGAGGCUUAAUGAAUUCAUGGCAGGCUUUUAUGUGAUAACAAACAAGCUAAAAGAAAAUUACCAAAUGCUCACUUUGGGAGGUGAUGCUGAACUGGAGCUUGUGGACAGCUUGGAUCCCUUCUCUGAAGGAAUCAUGUUCAGUGUCCGACCACCUAAGAAAAGCUGGAAGAAGAUCUUCAACCUUUCCGGAGGAGAGAAGACUCUUAGUUCCUUGGCUUUAGUAUUUGCUCUUCACCAUUAUAAACCCACUCCCCUUUACUUCAUGGAUGAGAUUGAUGCAGCCCUGGAUUUUAAAAAUGUGUCUAUUGUUGCAUUUUAUAUAUAUGAACAAACAAAAAAUGCCCAAUUCAUUAUAAUUUCUCUUCGAAAUAACAUGUUUGAGAUUUCGGACAGACUUAUUGGAAUUUACAAAACAUACAAUAUAACAAAAAGUGUUGCUGUAAACCCAAAAGAAAUUGCUUCUAAAGGACUUUGCUAAAACUUGGGAAUCACUGCAAGUUCUCCAGAUUCUAUGUUCAGUUUGUGUAUAGUAUUUUCUUUUUGUAAAUGAUUACUUAUAUAUUUACUCCUAAACUGG